AUGACAACUUCCAACAAAGAAUUCCAUUUUAGUCUCUUACGCAUAUCAAUGUUGCAGCUCCUGAAAAGCCAGGGCUUCGAUAAGGCGCCAGCAACAAUUGUGGACGCUUUCGCGGACCUGUACGUGCGAUUUUUGCAGCUUUUAACACUGGAAGUGAUGAAAUUGUCCAGCAGCAGAAUGGAUGAAUUCGAAGACAUUGCACUGCAAGAUCUGUCCCAGGCACUGCUAAACGUGGGCUUACUGAAACCCAUGAAUAUGCUCGACAUCUACGACGAAAAUCCAGAUCUGCUGAGCGAUCUGGGAAUGCAGAGGUUCAAGAAUUGGUGCUUGCACAACACAAUGCCCAGCGAAGCGCGCGCUGUAGCUACACCAACGCCCGAUUUGCUUCGUCCAAGAGAUAAAUCAUCUAAACCGCUGUCAAUGAUUCCAGAAUAUAUCAACCAGCUUGACAAAACGGCUGUAAAGGGUGUUGCGUCCACAGGCGAUCCUCAAGAGGAUGGGUUGGUCGAACAAAUGAUAAAUAAUGGUGACAUGGACGAUUGGAUCCGAUUUCUGGUUCGCGAGCAACAGCUUCAGAUAGCCAAGAAAAUUUCAGCCAAAGAGGUGAAAGAUUUGAAAGCCCUGCCACCCAUUCCAGGUCUCAAGUUCUCCACACUAGUACCGAAUCCUGUUCAGGACUAUAAUGAAAUCUUACCUUCCCAGCUACAGGCCAGUGACGGCGAUGAUAAAUCCCCCAAGGAAAAAGCUCUUUUGUCGAAGAUGAUAGCCUAUCAAAAGGGUACCAGAUUGGAAAAUAUACGAUUGUCAUUCGAAGAUGAUGAAUUGUCUGCCAGUGAUGCCGACGUUGACAUUAGUGACGUGGGUUUUUUUGACGAAGAAGUAAAUCAAGAUAUUGAAAAUUUUGAGCCACUGGGGGGCAACAUGGCUCUAGAUAUGCAUGAAGAUCCUAAUUUACAUCUAGCGGAAUCAGAAAAUCUCACUGACUCAUUUCAACGGAAGGAUUAUAUGGAUCUUGGUGAUGAUAUCUUUCAAAACCAUGAGUUUGAUUUCAAUAAUUAUUGA